AUGAGCACGAAAUCGCAAAUUGAAACAAGGAAGCAGUACAAGAAUAAGGAGGUGAAAAUGACGGCAACGGGGAAGGCCAAAACAGGACAAGGUCCAACGGUAUCGAAAGGAGGAGGAACAUCCAAAGCAACAGAACACGGAAAAAACCCAGGAAACAGCAGCAACCAGCAGGAUAACCAACAAAACGACACGGUGUACCUGGAGCCAUGGGACUACGAGAAACCUACCAUCAGACACCCAGUCAGUGUGGGUAAAGCCCUAUCCAGUAAGGGAAUCAAAACCUACACCGAUAUCACGGCGAUUGGCAGGUUUCGAUUCAAGGUAUCGUUCGGAGCACCACAGGAAGCCAAAAAACUAAUGGAGAUUAACAUGGAGGAGCUAAACCUCAAGUGCUACGUCCCGAUAAUCCUCAGGCAGACAGUGGGUUUGGCUAAAGGAAUACCGAGAGAUUACAGCGAGCAAGAACUGAUGGAAGAUCUGUUGUCGGAGGGCGAAAUCAUCAAAGUGGAAAGGAUGAAGAAAAUGGAUAGGAACAAGAAGCUAACGGAUACGGAAAACGUCAAAAUCAUCUUCCGAGGAAAGCAACUACCAGACAGCGUGUCGCUAUACGGAUGCAGGUUCAAGAUUGAACUCUACCUGUUCCCGGUGAAGCAAUGCUCAAACUGUUGGGGAUUUGGACACCGGAGAGAAAAAUGCUGGAGGACAACAAAAUGUAAGGAAUGCGGCGUUCAACACGAAGACGACAACUGCAGGCAGAAAGCAUGCAUCAAUUGCGGAGGUCCGCACAGUCCGACGGAUAGCAAGUGCCCAGAGAAAGAAAAACAGGUACAAAUCAACGCGGGAAUGCAGUUGGAAAAAUUGACGUACAAGGAAGCAAACGAGAAAUGGAGACAGGCUAAUCAGUUCGACUUGCUGUCGAAUUUCGACGAGGAAUUUCCAGAUAUGGGUGAGCAGCGAGACGAGCAGUGUCGCUCGCAGAGAAACGCAAACAGCAGUCAAUACAAGUUCGUGUGGAAAAAAACAGCAGAACACCACAGAAAACGACGCCAGGCGACAAACAAGGAACUUACGCAGAUAAAGUAA